AUGGUGGCUUUUAAAGGUGUAUGGACACAGUCAUUCUGGAAAGCUGUUUCAGGAGAAUUUGUAGCAAUUCUAAUUUUUGUCUUCCUUGGCCUUGGUUCAACUGUCAACUGGGGAACAACAGAAAACCCCCAACAAAUGGAUUUAGUACAAAUUUCAUUGUGCUUUGGACUUGGCAUUGCUACAAUGGUGCACUGUUUUGGACACAUAAGUGGUGCGCACCUAAAUCCAGCUGUGACUAUUGCCUUUCUGUGCACAAGGAAUAUAACACUUGCCAAGGCGUUAUUUUACAUCAUGGCCCAAUGUCUUGGAGCCGUCUUAGGAGCUGGACUGCUGUAUCUUAUUACACCGCCCAGUCUUAUUGGAAACUUAGGUGUGACAAUGAUAAAUGAAAAGCUCUCCAUUGGCCACGGACUUCUAAUAGAACUUGUGAUUACAUUCCAGUUAGUUUUUACUAUUUGUGCAAGCUGUGAUCCAAAGAACAAAGAAAAAUCUUCAGCACUUGCAAUUGGAAUUUCUGUUGUAAUUGGACAUUUAUUUGCAAUAAACUACACAGGAGCAAGCAUGAACCCAGCAAGAUCUCUUGGUCCAGCUGUCAUUAUGUGGAAGUGGGAUAACCACUGGAUCUACUGGAUAGGACCAAUUAUUGGAGCAAUCUGUGCAAGUGCUGCCUAUGAUUAUAUAUAUUGUCCUGAUAUUAAACUCAAGCAACAUUUGAAGGAAGCUCUUCAGAGAGCUAAACAGAAGACAAAAGGAAAAUACAUUGAGGUAGAUGACAUAAGAAGCCAUGAUGACAAUGAAGACUUAAUCCUUAAAACAGGAACCAUCCAUGUUAUUGACAUCGACCAGAGAGAGGAGAAAAAGGGAAAAGACUCUGCAAGUGAAAUAUUAUCUAUUGUAUGA